AUGUCUAACUUUAAAAGUCUUACCAUUCUUUUAACUCUCCUACUUACAAUCUGUAACGGAUCACCAAUCGCUUCGUUUAAUGAACUUGAAAAGACACACGAAUCUACAAUCGUCGCUAGAUCUAAUCUUCUUCAAGGACCGGUGCCAGAUCACAACCAAGCCUUUGAAAAACGAACUUUUGGUGGAAUGGGAGGCAGCAUGCCCGGAUUUGGUAUGCCAGCAUUUGGGGGAGGCCAUGGGACGGGUGGAAUGCCCGGUUUUGGAGGAGCCGGUGCUUCAGGAGGCUUUCCUGGUUUGGGAGGUCUUGCUGGAUUAGGCGGUGGUGCUGCGAAAACUGGAGGUGAUUCCAAAACUGGAGGUGAUUCCAAAACUGGAGGUGAUUCCAAAACUGGCGCGAGUGGUGUUAUUCCAGGAGCAGGUGGAUCCUUUCCAGCGUUGGGAGGAGGUAUGCCAGCACUGGGUAGCGCUGCUGGUAAGACAGAUGGUGCUGCUAAGACAAAUGCCGCUGCUAAGCCUAAUGGCGAAGAUAAGCCUGCUGGCGAAGAUAAGCCUGCUGGCGAAGAUAAGCCUGCUGGUGAUGCUGGCGCUGGUGCUGAGUCAAGUUAA